AAUGCAAUAGAUUAGUGUGUGGAUUUGAUUCUUUUUUUAUCUCUUCGAUUCUCUACCUCUCUCUCUCUCUAUCACUAGACCAAACCAAACCCUAAAUAAACCCCACCAUACAGCCUUGCCACCUCUAUUGCAUGCCCAUUUGCUCGUUUCUUUCCCAUCCAUCUCUCUCUGUCUUGGUGUACUCUCCUUCUCCUCUCUAAAAACCAACCAAAACAACACUUCCUACAAACCAACCCUCUAGCCAAAAAGAACAAGAAACCAAAACUGAUUACAUAGAAAGACUCUGCCUUUUUUAUAUAGAGCAGGGAAAGCAAGCAAAUUUCUCAACACCAUCAUAUGGCCGUUGAAGCCAGGCACCUCAAUCUCUUCCCUCCUCAACUCUUAAGCAACAGGGAAAUGAUGAUGAACCCCAUUGAAGCAGAUACAUAUAUGUACAAUACCCAGAUGGGAUAUGGUGUGCCAUUAUCAGGAACUACAACAACAGCAGAGACAGUGCUUCCUAUGUAUAGCUCUGUGAUCACUGAUUCAAUCCCUCAUAAAACGCAAAUCAAAUCAGAAAGUGGUCUCACUUACAAUCUCCCUGUACAGAGGAAGCGCCCAAGAGACUCCAUCAAUCCUCUCCUCUCAUAUCCAAUUCCAGUACAGUCCACUAAGACUUGCACUCCCUUCUCCUUUCUUGGCCAGGACCUCUCUUUUCAGAUCCAACAACAGCAAUUAGACACAGAUUGCCUUAUUUCUCAACAUAUGGAGAAAGUAAGGAUGGAGAUAGAAGAGAAAAGGAAGAGGCAGGCAAGAAGGUUACUCGAGGCAUUAGAGACAGGGAUGUUGAAGCGACUAAGAGCAAAAGAAGAAGAAAUCGAAAAGAUAGGCAAAUUAAACUGGGCCCUUGAAGAGAAAGUCAAGUCUUUAUGCAUGGAGAAUCAAAUAUGGAGAGACCUAGCGCAAUCCAAUGAAGCAACAGCCAAUGCUCUACGUUCCAAUCUUGAACAAGUCCUCGCGGCCCAGGUUAACGAAGAACGCACCCUUGGUGCAGGAUUAGAUGAUCAGGCAGCAGCAUUAAUGGACGAUGCGCAAUCAUGCUGUGGCAGCAGCGGUGGUGAUGGACCUGUUGGCGACGAUGGAUGGGAAGAAAGAGUGUCGGAGAGAUGCACGGUAGCCAAUGGGGCGCAGGAUAAUAAAGGUACAGGAGCAGGUAGUUGGAUGUGCAGGAAUUGUAACAAGGAAGAGUCAUGUGUGUUGCUGUUGCCUUGUAGGCAUCUGUGCUUGUGUACUGUUUGUGGGUCAAGUCUCCAUACUUGCCCCAUCUGCAGAGCCACCAAGAAUGCUAGCGUCCAUGUUAACUUGUCAUGAGAAACACUACAAUACCCAAUGAUAACAUCUCUCUCAAGAUGAAAGAAAUUAAUUUGUUUAA